UUGGAUUGGCUGAAGGAACAAGGUAGCCCGCAGAGACAGCUCCUUCUCCCGGUCCAGAGCCGUCAGUGAAGCGCGAGGCGAGGCGAGGCGCGGCGCACGCUCCCACGGCUUUCCACGCACACACACAGACACGCGCGGCGCGCACGCUCCACGCCACACACUCCACGCCCGCACGCGAGGAAGGUGCGACGCCGAGGCAUCCAGCGACCGGAGGACUUUGAUAUCUGCGUGGGACUAAUCGGACCGUGGUAUUUGCCACGCAUCGAUCCGCACCUUUGGACGAACCGAGUGCAGGUUCCACGGGAGCGAAACGCACGUCGCUUGGUUUGAACGCAGCAUCUUCCCAGACGGAGGCGAUGCGCCCAGAACCCUAGAACUGUCACACUUUGCAUGUUUGCAAACACACGGCGCUGGAUUUAUUUCCCACUCACCCGUUCCGGGGCUGCCGCGGCUCAGAUCCGUGACUGCAGCGCACGCCGGGAGCGACGCCACACCGCGCUCGAGCGCAUUUCCCCCACUGACUCGGACUCGACGCGGAGUUUUCGACUCCUCAUCAUGGGCUUCGGCGCGCGGACUGACGGGCAGAGAGGAAGAGUGCCGAGAGCCUCCGCUCGGAUGCUGAGCGCGUCCUGGCUGCUGCUGCUGCGGCUCGUCCUCCUGCUGGAUGUCGGAGAGGCUCAAGUUGACGAUGACUUCGUUGGUCUCAGCGAGCUGCCGGAGACCUUCCCGUCGGACCCCCCCGAGCCCCUGCCCGUGUUCCUGAUGGAGCCGGAGGAGGCCUACAUAGUCAAGAACAAGCCGGUGAACCUGUACUGCAAGGCCACGCCGGCCACGCAGAUCUACUUCAAGUGCAACAGCGAGUGGGUCCACCAGAAGGACCACACGGUGGAGGAGCGGGUGGACGAGAACUCCGGCCUCGUGGUGAGGGAGGCCAGCAUAGAGAUCACGCGGCAGCAGGUGGAGGAGCUGUUCGGGCCCGAGGACUUCUGGUGCCAGUGUGUGGCCUGGAGCUCCGCGGGGACCACCAAGAGUCGCAAGGCCCACGUCCGCAUCGCCUAUUUAAGGAAAACAUUUGACCAGGAACCUCUUGGGAAGGAAGUGUCACUAGAACAGGAAGUGUUGCUCCAGUGUCGCCCACCUGAAGGCAUCCCAGCUGCUGAGGUGGAGUGGUUGAAGAACGAGGAGGUCAUCGACCCCGCGGACGACAGGAACUUCUACAUCACCAUCGACCACAACCUGAUCAUCAAACAGGCGCGGCUCUCCGACACGGCCAACUACACCUGCGUGGCCAAGAACAUCGUGGCCAAGAGGCGCAGCACCACCGCCACCGUCAUAGUUUACGUGAACGGCGGGUGGUCCACGUGGACGGAGUGGUCGGUGUGCAACAGCCGCUGCGGCCGCGGCUUCCAGAAGCGCACGCGCAGCUGCACCAACCCGGCGCCGCUCAACGGCGGCGCCAUCUGCGAGGGCCAGGGCAUCCAGAAGCUGGCGUGCAACCCCCUGUGCCCAGUGGACGGCCUGUGGACAGAGUGGAGUAAGUGGUCCACCUGUGGGACAGAGUGCACCCACUGGAGGAGGAGGGAGUGCGGCGCACCGGCACCCAAAAACGGGGGGAAGGACUGUGAGGGCACGGUGCUCCAGUCCAAGAACUGCACCGAUGGGCUGUGCAUGCAGAGUUCUUUAUUUCAGCAGUCCUCUGAGGCAAAAGACAAGAGUGAUUUGGGAAAUUCAUUGGCGCCGAGCACGGACGACGUGGCGCUGUACGUGGGCAUUGUCAUCGCCGUCAUCAUGUGCCUGGUCAUUUCCGUCGCCGUGGCGCUCUUCAUCUACCGCAAGAACCACCGGGACUUCGACUCCGACAUCAUCGACUCCUCCGCCCUCAACGGAGGCUUCCAGCCAGUGAGCAUCAAGACGGCGCGCAAAGCUGACCUCCUAACAGCGCCUCCUGACCUGACCUCGGCCGCUGCCAUGUACCGCGGCCCCGUCUACGCCCUCCACGACGUGGCCGACAAAAUCCCCAUGACCAAUUCCCCUCUGCUCGACCCCCUCCCCAACCUGAAGAUUAAGGUGUACAACUCCUCGGGCCUAGUGACGCCCCAGGACGACCUGGGGGGGGAAUUCUCCUCCAAGCUGUCACCCAAGCUGCCGCACUGCCUCCUGGACAACAACGACAGCACCAUGGGUCGUCGCACACAGACCCAGACGUUGCUCCGCACCCGGGACCCCUCCUGCACCGCCCUGGGCUCCUUCAGCUCGCAGGGAGGUCACCUCAUCGUGCCCAAUUCAGGCGUCAGUUUGCUAAUUCCAGCAGGGGCCGUUCCUCAGGGCAGAGUCUAUGAGAUGUAUGUGACGGUUCAGAGGAAGGACAACAUGAGGCCCUCGGUGGAGGACGGCCAAACGGUGCUGAGCCCCGUGGUGAGCUGCGGACCCCCGGGGGCCCUGCUGACUCGGCCCGUCAUCAUCACCAUGCACCACUGUGCCGUGUGCGACGGCCAACAGGACUGGCUGAUCCAGCUCAAGAGCCAGUCACCGCAGAACCACUGGGAGGACGUGGUGGUGGUGGGGGAGGAGAACUUCACCACGCCGUGCUACAUCCAGAUGGACGACGAGGCCUGCCACAUCCUCACCGAGACGCUGGGCACCUGCUGCCUGGUGGGCCAGUCGCUCAGCGCCGCCACCACCAAGCGCCUCAAGCUGGCCAUCUUCGGGCCGGUCACCUGCCCGGCCAGCGAGUACCACAUCCGGGUGUACUGCCUGGACGACACGCAGGACGCGCUCAAGGAGGUCUUGCAAAUGGAGAAGCAGAUGGGAGGCAAGUUGCUGGACGAACCAAAGACCCUCAACUUCAAAGACAGCACCCACAACCUGCGGCUCUCCAUCCACGACGUGCCCCACGCGCUGUGGAAGAGCAAGCUGCUGGCCAAGUACCAGGAGCUCUCCUUCCAGCAGGUGUGGAGCGGCGCCCAGCGGAACCUGCACUGCUGCUUCACCCUGGAGCGCUUCUCCAGCAGCACCGUGGACCUGGCCUGCAAGAUCUGCGUGCGCCAAGUGGAGGGCGAGGGGCAGAUCUUCCAGCUGGACACCACGCUCUCGGAGGACUCGCAGAGCAUCGACACGUCCCUGCUGGACCCGGCCAGCAGCAUCACCACGCUGGUGGGGCCCAACGCCUUCCGCAUCCCCGUCUCCAUCCGCCAGAAGCUGUGCGGCAGCCUGGACGCGCCGCAGACCCGCGGCAACGACUGGCGCAUGCUGGCCCACAAGCUGAAGCUCGACAGGUACCUGAACUACUUCGCCACCAAGUCCAGUCCCACGGGCGUGAUCCUGGAUCUGUGGGAGGCCCAGCACUUCCCUGACGGGAACCUCAGCCGCCUGGCCCAGGUUCUGGAGGAGAUGGGACGCCACGACAGCCUUGUCCCCUCGGUGACGGAGCACUGACGCCUUCCGGACACCCCGGGGGGGGGGCGCGGGAGCGACACCUACGGCGGGAAGGCGUUGGACUCCGCCAUGACGGGCGCACGCACGCGCUCACAGAGGACGGGAGGCGGCGCGGACGGCUCAGCCACGACCCACUUAAACAUUGGCAACAAAGGGUGUGCAAACGUGGAGGGUAAACAAGAAUCGCUGCCAGUCAUUUCUCUCUGGCUGUUCCUCCCUCGCUCUCUCUCUCUCUCUCUCUGGUACAACGACUUGAUAUUUUUGGCUCUAGUUUCCUUGGAAACAGCUGUCCAGUUAUUCGGAUGGACUGUGCGAAUAUGCGGAUGACGCCCCGGCUCUGGACGGAGGUCUUACUGGUCUUACUGGUCUCACUGGAGACACCACACCAGAGGUCAAGGGAUCGAAGAGGCUUGGAUCAGAGGCAGCACCUCGCACUCUCUCUCCCCAGUUCUGUCUCCAUAGCAACUCCAUGAAUAGUAUAUGUUCUGUGAUAAUAUAGUAUUUAAUAAUAUGCCUAUUUAUACAUAUCUUUUUAUCAUGUUUUAUGCCGCCUGUUUGAAAACACUGGGCAGUUUUCUCACCUUUUGGUUCCUUCUUUCAUUAUGUUUGACUGUAUCAUAGCACCUCCUGGUGGACGUUUGCAUUUAUGACUCUGUCAGCUGUAUUUUAGUUAGGGCUUGUCAUACAUUUAUAACUACUAUACCUUUACUUUGUUAUUAUAUGUAUUCGUAAUGAUUUUUUUAAAAUGUUUUACACGUUUUUACGUUUUGUUUUUGCGUUGUUUUUAUCAGGGGCUAAUCUGUUUCUAAUCUAUUUUUCCCUCGGACUCAUGGCGGAUGCUGAUGAUUGGUAUGUUGAUGAUGCCAGGCAGAGAAAACAGGUAGAUUCUGUACAAAAGGGAAUCAAAUAAAUCUAUUUUUGUAGAACCAGUUCAAGUGAAUACAACUGCUUUUUACCAAAUAAUUGACCGACGGUGUAUGAGGCUGCACUCAAUACACGAGUCCAUCAUGUAACAAUCUAUUGUCAUUUCAAGUAGUGUUUUGUUUGUUCCUGUGUCCUGACGACGUUCAUGUGUAUUGUUUGAGGAGAACGGAGGUUCAGUAUUAAUUAGGACUUCUGUGUUUGUACAUUGAAGACAGAAGCCAUCGAUGUUACCAUGACGACACCGACUGUGCAUAAAACACGCAGUGAUAGUAAACGCAGCAGCACUUGUGGCUGUUCAAGUGUUUCCACGUCGUUCCUUUCAGGCAGUCGUCCCAGUUUUGGUGAAAGCCGUCUAUGCAAACUUUGCAGAGUUUCCAAACUGUCUGUCACGUCGUCAGCGGAAGCGCCUUCGCGGUCCCUCGUGGUUCCUCGGCUUCACGGCUACUGUUGUGUAUAGUGAGAAUGCAGCCUUCCUGUUCCUGGCACUCACGAUGUUCCUCGCAACUGCUUGCAUUUCAUCUGUUCAAGAUGUUGUACAAAGUGUAACAAAGAAUUUUUAAGACUAAUAAUAAAUUAUAUUUAUAUACAACAUUAAA